AUGAGUGCCGAAGAAGAGCAGUUCGAUGAUAGCAGCAUGGGUGGCCCUGGUGCCCCCACUCCGGUGUCUGCGCUUGAGGGAGUCAAUGGAUUGACUGCACGCGACAUCAAAUUGAUUGUUGAGGGCGGCUUCAAUACCGUAGAGUCAAUUGCCUAUACGCCACGGCGAGCGCUCGAGCAAAUAAAGGGCAUCUCAGAACAAAAGGCCUCAAAACUACUUGCAGAGGCCUCCAAACUUGUCCCUAUGGGCUUCACCACGGCUACCGAGAUGCACUCACGCCGCAGCGAACUGAUUUCGAUUACAACCGGCUCAAAGCAACUGGACACUCUUCUGGCAGGUGGAAUUGAGACUGGCUCGAUCACAGAGAUCUUUGGCGAGUUUCGAACGGGAAAGAGUCAGAUUUGUCAUACACUUGCCGUUACCUGCCAGCUGCCGUUCGACAUGGGCGGUGGUGAGGGCAAAUGCCUAUACAUCGACACUGAGGGCACCUUCCGACCAGUACGAUGUUUGGCUGUGGCAAAUCGAUUCGGACUUUCAGGAGAAGAAGUUCUAGACAAUGUUGCUUACGCGCGCGCAUACAACUCUGAUCACCAGCUGGAGCUUCUCAACCAGGCCGCCCAGAUGAUGACGGAGACACGAUUCUCAUUGCUCGUCGUCGACUCUGCCACCGCACUAUAUCGAACGGAUUUUGCAGGGCGUGGAGAGCUUUCGGCUAGGCAAACACAUUUGGCCAAGUUCAUGCGCACGCUACAACGGCUUGCGGAUGAGUUUGGUAUUGCCGUCGUAAUCACCAACCAAGUCGUUGCACAAGUGGAUGGUGGGCCAAGUGCCAUGUUCAACCCAGAUCCGAAGAAACCUAUCGGAGGAAACAUCAUUGCGCACGCAAGUACGACGCGCCUCAGCUUGAGGAAGGGCAGGGGAGAAACGCGUGUUUGCAAGAUCUACGACAGCCCAUGUCUGCCAGAGAGCGAUUGCCUGUUCGCCAUCAACGAAGACGGCAUUGGCGAUCCCAAGGAGAAGGACCUCGAGGAGAGGGCCAAUAGGUGA